GCAGCAAAGUGAACUGCAGAACUGCUGCAGGACUCCUGAAAUACCCCGUGAUUUAAACCAACGAUGAGUUGCUCAGGUGUCUAAGAGUGGAAGCAUAAUGGAUUGGAAAUGCCUUGGAUAGAGCACAGAGAAACAAGCCUUUCUGAUGAUUGCAGACUUUUUUCUUAAGCUCGUUUUCAGAGCUUUUUCUCCUCUCAUUUUAAGAUGGCAGGAACUUGGUUAAUUUUUGUUCUUUUACAAAGUUAAAGGGAUCUAUCAGUACAGACACAUCUACCUUCUCUUCUAAGGGGGAGGGUGAAGAUGCAGGUAUGAUCCCGAAGUCUCUGCGCUAUCAAGAUGAACACUACCUUUGACGAAAUAAAUAACAGCAGCGAACCUUUUUGCCUUUUGGGUGUUGGAUCACAUAAAGACAUCCCUGUAUGCGUAUUGGAAGUAGGAAUUAUCAUCUUUUUGACUGUGUUGAUUAUAUUUGGAAACCUGAUUGUGAUCUUUGUCUUCCACUGUGCACCUCUUCUCAACCAUCACACUACCAGCUACUUCAUACAGACAAUGGCCUAUGCUGAUUUACUUGUUGGAGUCAGUUGCUUGGUACCUUCUUUUUCUCUUCUGCACUAUCCUGCCCUAAUACCAGAAUCCAUUGUGUGUAAACUGUUUGGCUACGUGGUGUCUGUCCUAAAGAGUGUUUCCAUGACCUCUUUAGCCUGUAUCAGCAUAGAUCGCUACAUUGCAAUCACCAAGCCUCUAACAUACAACACCUUGGUUACCGCAUGCCGACUGCGCUUCUGCAUUUUGAUCCUUUGGAUUUAUUCAUCUGCAGUGUUCCUACCCUCCUUCUUAGGCUGGGGGAAGCCUGGUUAUCAUGGAGAUGUCUUUAAAUCCUGUGCAGAGUCAUGGCACACCAACCCUUAUUUCACUUCUUUUAUUGUGGUCAUGUUGUAUGCACCUGCGGCUACCACUGUUUGUUUUACCUACUUCAAUAUCUUUCGGAUCUGCCAGCAACAUAACAAGGAAAUAAAUGAUAGACGUGUACGCUUCAGCACCACAGAAAGUGAAUCCACAGACGGACAACCCAGCCCAGAGAAGCGAUACGCCACUGUGCUUUUCCGCAUCACCAGUGUAUUCUACAUUCUUUGGUUGCCAUAUAUAAUUUACUUUCUUCUAGAGAGCUCUAAGGUCUAUGCUAACCAGACUGCCUCCUUCCUUACCACAUGGUUAGCAAUAAGCAACAGCUUCUGUAACUGUGUCAUCUACAGUAUGUCAAAUAGUGUUUUUCAGAAGGGCCUGAAACGUCUCUCUGGUGCUGUAUGUUCUUCGUGUUCCAGGCAAGGGGAUAGUCGAGAAGUCCCUGGUAUUGUAAGCAAAAGGCCCACAGAUGGCUGCAAUACAACUUAGUAUGUCAUCCUGGGUAUUGGUCGUCGAACAAAAAAAAACAACAACAAUACACAUUGAUUUGUCAUCAAUCCUAUGGUUUGUCCAUCAUGUAGCUGCAGUAUUUUGAGAAACUAUGUUACUGGUGGAUCUUUUAGAUUCUGUUAUAAGCUUCCAAUGUAUCAAGGUAUUUUUGUUGACUCUGUAACAGAGGAUUUAUUGCUACAUUCAGAUAUAUACUUGUUGGAAAAUUUACUGACUUGUGCUCUGUGUACUGUAUCUCUGAUAUUUUUUAAAACAUCAUAAUUUAAGGAGCCAAAUAUUUGGAUUUUGUCUUAAGAUGGACUAUCUGUUAGCAUAAUCAAUUGUGUACAUGAUGAUACCACACUUAACUUGAUGCGUGCCAUGGGUGCUUUUAGAACAAAAACAAACUUCCUAUUUUGUUUAGAAAUAGAUCAUGUAUGUCUUUUUUUUUUUUUAAUAUU